GAGGCAAAGUCGUAUUAUACAGAGUUUCUGUUUUGUUGUGUUGUGCGGACGAUCGUCGUUUUAUUUUCAAUAUUUUACAAACUGAAAGUUUUGUUGCUGAAUUCUGUUUUGUUUGAACGUUUUAAGAAGUUGUUAUUGUUGUUUACAAAAGACUAAACUAAUCGAAAAUGGAUAUGUACCGCUACUACUACAUUCCGUGUAAGGAGGAAUCGGCCGGUGAUGUGUACGUAACAAAUAAUUUCGAUCAGACCGUUAACCAAGGAUUUGCGCCACAAAUGAGAUACGACACAUCGUAUUCGGAUGGAUGGCAUUCGCCCAGUUCCGCCAGUCUUCGAUCAACCAGUCCCGAAUAUUUGAGCCUAAAUUCGCCGGUGUGUAAUAGUCAAAACAUUAAAGCAGAAAUUAUCAUCCAACCGUCAGUGCUAAUAACCAAUGAAAAAUCAGUGAAAAAGCGAAGUUACACAAGAAAAACGAACAAUAACAAAACGGUGCUGAAAAAGGAGCCCGACUUCGAUUACGAUGCAGAUAACAUGACCGCAAUGGUGCCGAUGUUCGUUGACGAAUUGACCAGUUCGGAUUUGGUGGACAGUGACAGUACGGAUGAGGUGACCGCAUACGCCGACAAUGAACCGAUGAGCGGUGAAGUGACCGGCAAAAAACGACGCGGCAAACAGGUGUCAUCAGUGGUGAAGCGGAAACGAAGAUUAGCGGCCAAUGCGCGAGAAAGGAGGCGAAUGCAAAAUUUGAAUUCGGCAUUCGAUAAGCUGCGACAAUAUCUACCUCAAUUGGGCAACGAUCGACAACUGUCCAAGCAUGAAACGCUACAAAUGGCCCAGACGUACAUCACAGCGUUGUACGAUUUGUUACAGUGAAUGCGAGUGCUUUUUUCGUUGGUUUUAAAAACGGAAAUUAAAAAUUUUGUCAUUGAGUUUUCGUGUGGAUGGGAGGGCAUUUUAAGAAAAGACUGCAUUUUAGAAAUUAAUUUAUUGUAAUUAAAGAUUGGUCGGUUAUGUAAUUUAUUAGCUAUACGUAGUGCACAUUGAAAAACUGUUAAAUAUUUUAAGGAAAAUUAAGAAGAGGAAGUGACGGAAGUUAAUGCAAAAAUAUUAAUUGAAAAACUAAAAUUUCAAACACAGAACUCA